AUGACGAACAAAAUGCUUUGCGCCGCAUGGGUCUGUUUCAUAUUUCUCUCCCAAUCUCAAGGAAUCUUGUCUUUGGCAUCGCCUCGUCCGGUCGGAUCGGGCACCGAGCUCGAUAAAAGAAACAACUGGCGCUGGUGGACAUGGUCAACGCAAGACGGAUACAAAUCUGGGACAUCGUCUCAACCUCCACAGUCCACACCCGUCAAUCAAAAUUCAGACUCUUAUUCCUCCUCGAAUGGAAAUUCGUACUCUUAUGCCUCCGCCAGUGCGAAUUCAGACUCGUAUAGCAGCGCCAACGUAGGUGCUCACUUCAACCCGCGCCCUGUGCCAUCAUCCCAAGGCUCAUAUCGUCGGCCACCCAAGACCAUCCCUAAGUAUACUGGUCCCCGGAUUCCCACUAAUGGAUCGGAUAUCCAUCAGUGGUUGGGAUUUCAUAAUAAGUUCAGAGCUCAGUACAAAGCCGGUCCCCUCAAAUGGAGCGAAACUCUAGUCGCGGCUUCCAAGCGCCUUACUGACACAUGCGUGUGGAAACACACCCAGAACAAUGAAUUCGGUGAAAACAUGUCCGCGGGCCAGUCGAGCAUCGAGGAGGUCGUGACGGGUUGGGUGACUGGGCCUGAGGAAAAAGACUCUUACACCGGCGGCAACACCGAGCCUUCCCACUUCACUCAGGUCGUCUGGCAAGCAACGACUGAAGUCGGCUGCCACAUGGGCAUGUGCAAGGACGUUCGCGGAGCGAAUCUCCCCCAAUCUCCAGUUACCUUCUGGGCCUGUAAUUAUAACCCUGCCGGAAAUGUGAUCGGCGAGAUCGCCCAGAAUGUCAAGGCAGCGCCUGGUGGCCGACCCCUCUGA